ACUAUGGAAGAACUAGCCAUCGAGAAACUGACAAACACAACCAAUUUUCAAACAUUGUUUGAUGAUGCGCCAACUACGUAUGUGCACCAACUGAUUAGCGAUGAAAUGAGCUGGUACGUCAUGAAGAUUCUCAUGUUUGGUGUCACCCCCACCAUCUCCCUGUUUGGUGUCAUCGGCAACAUCUUCAGCCUCCACAUCCUCACCAAACACGGGCUCCACAAGUGCUCCAACAUCCUGUUGGUCUCUCUGGCCUUCUCGGACAUCAUGUUCCUCAUCUCCUUCAACAGUGUGCCGAAGAUUCUCUACGAGGCCGUCUGGAACCACGAGUACCGAGAGCUGACAGAGCUGGAUGCCCAGGUUUUGUUUGUCUUGUUCAGUCUCUUCACCCUCCUUGACUACACCUUUGGCGUCACAGGCCUGACUCUUCCAUUGCUGAUUACAAUCGAAAGGUUGCUGGUGAUUUUCUUCCCUUUGAAGUUCCGUCAAAUCGUGACUCCGCGAAGGACGUGGCUUGCCGUGGUGGGUCUGUCAGCCUACUGCCUCUCCACCUUCGUCUACACCAGCCUCUGUACGGAGCUGUUCUACAGACCAGGUCACAACGGCAGCUCGUCCAAAGCCAUCCUGCAGAAAUCAAAUUAUUUCUACGCCAACAUCGACACAGUCGCGUACAUGGAGUAUCUCAUCGUCUACACGAACGUGGUUAUCCCCCCUGUCCUGACCUCUCUGGGCUGUGUCGUCAUCUCCAUCAAAAUCAAACUGCGCUCAAUCAAAAGGCGGCAGAUGACGUCAAAGGCCGUGUCCGGCACACGCACGACCAAAAUGUUGCUGUCGGUGUGUUGUGUUUACCUGGUGACUGCCGCCAUCCUCUCCGUACCCCACUACAUCCCCCAGUACGGCUCGUACAGCCUUACAGAGGAGACGCCCUCCAACCUCGGCAAGGUCCUGUACCAGCUGGUCAACACGGCUGUUUGUGUCAAUAGUUCCAGCAACUUUAUCGUCUACAUCGUCCUCAAUAAGAACUUCAGGAACACAUUUGUUGACUUGUGUAAGUCGUGGGUGGGCAAGACUUGGGGUGGGGGAGUCAUUAGGUAG